GUCUAUGCCCAAAAGAGACAAUGACUACUGACAAAGAAGGAUUAGUACAUGCAGCAGAGCAUUACUUUGAUAAAAAAGGACUCUAUACAGUGCAAGCAUUUUAAGGUGGUGUAUCUGUCAUUGUAGGCUGGAUCGUUGGUGUGGCAGCAGCAGUCAAUCCGUCCACAGGGACAGGGUGUUGUGUGCCCUUUCUGCAGAAGAGAGUUCCUCCACAAGAACAACUUCCUGAAGCACUUCAAGACACACACAGGGGAGAAGCCUUUCUCUUGCCCUUUCUGCGAUUUUCGUACCAUUCAGAAGGGAAAUCUCAAGACCCACAUGCGCAAUGUCCAUAAGAGCUUAUUGGCUUGAAAGAAAGGAAAAAAACUCAAUUACCUUCAGGGAAUUGAGUUUGGCGCUGAAAUCAAGGACGAUGGUGGAGUGGUCGUGCAGAGAGGGUUGUGGUUCCGCUUUACUUGUAACUUCUGUCACAAGAAUUUCAACCACAAGAACAACUUCAGGAAGCACUUGCGAACCCAUACUGGGGAGAAGCCAUACAUGUGUCCACAGUGCUCCUAUUGCUCUGCUCGCUCAGAUCUCUUGCGUGCCCACUUACACAAGAAGCAUCCUUACGUAUCAACUUCAACCCAAGUUUAGGAAAUAUGAUUUUCUAAAUUAUGGGGUCUGACGUGUUCUACAAAUAUAUUAUAUGGUCUGUGUGUGGGUGAAUUAGUCUUCUUCUUUUUUUCUUUUUUUUCUUUCUAAUGUUAUUUUCUUGUUUAUAUAUAUAUAUAAUUUUUUUUUUUUUUCUAAAAACGUACAAAAUAUUGUAAAAUUUUGUUCAGUACUAGUGAGAAACGUAGAACAAAAAGCCCAAUUUAUGAAGCAGUUAACAGAGUUAGAACAGUACUCAUACCUGUCCCUUCAAGAUAACAAUUAAACAUGAUAAAUGAUGAUUUAAUACAAGCAGCCAUACUCUGAUUUUCAUUUAUAUAGUAUGCACUUGUUACAUUCAUUUUUCUUCUUCAUAUCUGUAAAAUGUUAAACACUAUAUUCACACUCAUAUAGCAGAUAUGCAUAUCUGUUCUAUGAAGAUAGUAUGAUAUUAAUGUUUCAAUAUAGCUUUAAAUUUUAUUUUUAAAAGUUCAGAUUUUUUUUUUUUUUUUUUUUUCGAAGAAGGGUUACUUUUCACCAGCAAGCAGUGUAAAAAUUUGUUCACAAUUUUUUUUCAAGCUUCCCAUUCAUAAGAACCUUGUAACCUCAAAAAAAACCUGAUUUGUGUGGCCAUGGAGUGAAAUAAUCGAAAUUUACAGCACUGGUGUACUUUAUCUUGUGUAUGUUGAGUUGACCACUUUGUUCUUAUUUUUUUUUAUCUUUUUGGUUAUUUAUAAUUGAAUGUGUACAUGUUUGUUGUAUGUGUAUGUAUACAUGCAUGUGCACAUAUGUUGUAUGCAUGAGUGCAUGUACAUGUACA